AUGCCGACUGCUAUCAUCACAGGAGCCAAUUCUGGCAUCGGCCACGAAUUUGCCAAAGUCUUGAUCAAAGAAGGAUACGACGUGCACGCCAUCGAUGUCCAAGACGGGGAGGGACUCAAGAGCUUGGGUUGCAAGACGUCCCAGCUAGACGUCACAUCAGAAGACGCCAUCAAGAAAUUCAAGCAGCAAUACGGAGAUGGACCCCUAGAUCUGCUGUUAAACGUAGCUGGCGUCAUGGACGCGGCGCACGACUCGCUCACCACGCUCAACGCCAGCUCCCUCUCCAAGACCUUCGCCGUCAACACCUUCGGCCCCCUACUACUAACGCAAGCAUUCCUGCCCAACAUCCUGAAGUCGUCAAGCCCGCGCCUGGGCUACGUGUCCAGCCGCGUGGGGAGCAUCGCGGACAACAGCUCGGGCGGCAGCUACGCGUACCGCUCGUCCAAGACGGCGCUGAAUAUGAUCUGCAAGAACCUGUCCGUGGAGCUGAGGGACAAGGGCGUCGUGGUCGUCAUCAUGCACCCGGGAAUGGUCAGGACGCCGCUCACGUUGACCUUGGAGGGGGCGCACGGGAUUCCGGGGAUGGUGGAUCCGGAUGAGGCGGCGGGGAAGCUGUACAAGAUAUUGGUGAGCAAGGGGAUUGAAGAUACCGGGAAAUUCUGGCACAGAGACGGCGAGGAGCUUCCUUGGUGA